GGAGUUUACCAGAGUGAAGGAUAUGUCAAGCUGAAGAGUUUGCAAAGGAGAUACUUCAGAUCUUUUAGACUACACAUCGGUAAACUUUGCUUACGCAGCUGGCUCCAUUCAUUCUCUGAAGCCAAUCACUUCCUCUGUUGGUGGCUGAUAAGUAUUUAAUGGCUUGAGAAGGUGGAGUGUCAGCAUCGCUGAUGGUAAACACAUUCCCAGGCAUAUCAGUAGUUUCUGUCCAUCACCCAUGCUGGAAGCUAUUUGGAAAAGGAGAACUAGAAAUCGGGGAAAGGAAAUCAUGCAUCAUGAUCCUGGCUGGAACAUACCGAAGACUUUAUGCUGUUUUCAUUAUGUGGAUUCACUAGAGAAAUGACUACCUUUGAUCAGCCAAGUAAAAUAAAAAACUUGUUUAUUUGCUGCCUGUGUCCCUCACGGGUGCUGAGGAUUUGGACUUGCAGGCGGCCAAGGACAAGGAGGAAUCUGCUAGUGGGCACUGUGUGUGUGAUCUACCUGGGAUUCCUCAUCAGUCAAGUGGGUCAUGUUUUACCCCAGCACAAAGGAGGACACCAAAAAAUAAGUUCCAGAAGUCUCCAAGAUGCAGCCCAAACUCCUUUUCUGGGCAUCCCACUGGAUGGCAUCCUGUCACCACCCAAUUUCCAAGAACCCCAGCUGGGUAGCAAUGGGACCUUGCUGCCACCCAAUGUAGUUUAUAUCACCCUGCGAUCCAAGCGCAGCAAGCCUGCCAAUAUCAGAGGUACAGUGAAGCCAAAGCGCAGGAAGAAAUACGCAACCCCUUUGUCUUACAGGCAGCGCUUUCCAAAAGCCACUUUUACAGGCUGGGAAGAGUCCUUUGCCCAACAGCCAGGGAGGGCCACACAUGCCGUGGGCACAAGGGAAGCAGCAAUAGCUCUGGAGGCAAGAAAGCAGCAGCUGGAUGAACACAGACAAAAAGGAAUGGCAAUCAGGGAGAGGGGACACUGGAAACCUGAGGGGUUUCCUAUAAAGGCGCAGCCUUUACCUGAGGAAAGCAAUAUCAGGAUUUACAGUGAGAGCUCUCCCUCAUGGCUGAGCAAAGAUGACAUCCGAAACAUGCGCAUGCUGGCAGAUUCUCGGAUAGAGAGCAUCCAAGAAGUACCUUCUCACAAAGCAGUCCUGGUAGUAUUUGCCAGAGGUCACAAUACCAGAGGAGCUACUUGUAAUCAGGGACACUGUGGCAUCAUCAAAAGACCCCUCGACAUGAGUGAAGUGUUUGCCUUUCAUUUGGAUAGGAUCUUGGGGCUAAACAGGAGCUUACCUUCUGUAAGCAGGAGAUUGGAGUUCUUCCAAGAUGGUCAAGCCUGUCCUGUUAUUCUCUGGGAUUCCUCACUGAGUCCAACAGAUAAUAACACCCAUUCUUCAGUGAGAUUAACCUGGGGGCAGUAUCAACAGCUACUGAAGCAGAAGUGCUGGCAAAAUGGUAAAGUUCCCAAAGCUGAGUGGGGCUGUACUGAGGUCCAUCAUCAUGAGUGGUCCAAGAUGGCACUCUUUGAUUUUCUUCUGCAGAUCUAUAAUCGGCUAGACAGAAACUGCUGUGGAUUCAAACCUCUCAAGGAAGAUUCCUGCAUGCAGCAAGGACUGAAGCUGAAAUGUAGCGAUCAAGAUGCUGUUGAGCUGACACACAUAGUUCAGAGAGAGCAUGACCGAAGGCACUUGGCCUUUAUAGACAAUAAGGGUUUCUUUGACAGAAACGAAGACAAUCUUGACUUCAAAAUACUGCAAGGAAUCAAUGAAUUCCCUGAGUCUGCAAUUUCGGUGCUUAGAAGCCAGCAUUUGCGUGAGAAGUUGCUUCAGUCUUUGUUCCUCGACAAAAUAUACUGGGAGAGCCAAGGAGGCAGAAAAGGAAUUGAAAAGCUUAUUGAUGUAAUAGAGAGGAGGUCAAAAAUUCUUCUCACUUAUAUAAAUGCACAUGGAGCCAAAGUAUUGCCCAUGAAUGAGUGAAGCAGUCUUGUUUGAUCAUCAGACAAGUUUUAUCAAUGGGAGCAGAGAUUUGGAAGCACUUAAUACAGUGAUAAAACUUGUCCUUGCAGCUACCUGCUGAAACAUAUCUAGUACAGCAAUUUGUCUUUUUGUAUUACAAACACUAGAAUGCCCCCCUAUCCAAAGGCUUAUUUUGUUUUAUUUUCUCUUGAUCUCUUGAAAUCUGAAGAUUAAAUUCAGCCCUUAAAUGCAGAAGCCUUUGCACUGGACAUGAGGGAAAUUUAAAAGCAAUGAGGAGAAUGUAUUAUUUAACAAUAUAAUUAAUUUGACAAAUACAGUUUUUACAUGUUCAUGGAGUUCAAUUAAUCACACAUCACUCAUCACAACGUACUCUAUUCAGUAGAGGUUGUUUUGAUGUGUAGGUGGGUGAUCUGCUAUUUUCUGUCUAUUGAUUAACUAGGGGUUACUCACAGAUUUGUCCUUUAUGACCACUAUUUAAAAAAAAAAAA